AUGCCCAGCCUUGGCCUGGCCCACAACUGCAUUGUGGACUCGUUUUCUGUGAAAGAAGACUUUGACCCUACAAAGUACACAGGAAAGUGGUACGCAGUGUCCAAGAAGGAUCCUGAAGGCAUCUUCCUUCAGGACAACAUCUCUGCCGAGUACAUCCUCGGGUCGGAUGGCACCCUGCUCGCUACAUCCCAGGGCCGUGUGAAGCUAUUUGGGUUCUGGGUGAUCUGUGCAGACAUGAUAGCCCAGUUCACAGUCUCUGACCCAAACACCCCAGCAAAGAUGUACAUGACUUACCAGGGACUGGCCAGCUACCUGUCCAGUGGAGGGGAUGAAUACUGGGUGAUAGACACCGACUACAACCACUAUGCCUUGACCUACACUUGCCGGUCUUUGAAGAAGAAUGGGACAUGUGCUGAUAGCUACUCCAUCGUCUUCUCCAGAAAUCCUCAGGGCCUCCCCCCUUCCAUCCAGAAGAUUGUGCACCAGAAGCAGAAAGAUAUCUGCUUGUCUGGUCACUUCAAGCCAGUGCUUCAGUCAGGUAUGUACGUCUCUGCUUGGGUCAUGGGCAUGAACUAA